UGAUGCAAGCAUCACUAUGGCCGCUCAUUCGGAAGGAAUUAAUCGGUUAAAAAUUCGUACUUAAAUUUACUUCUACGUUUGAAUAAGAAAAAAACAACUGUGAUUUCUAUAUAGUGGAAAUAGUAUUUGUUUUUCUUUUUGAAACUCUAGACAUCGCAUUAUUUGUUAUGAAAUCUUUAUAAAUUAUUGAUACUUAGUAACACACAAUGUCAUCUAUGAUUUAAAGUUGUUCGAUAACAACUUAUUUGUGUUGAACGUGACAGCUUGCUCGCUUUGAAAUAUGUCUAUUCUUACGGUGGCAGGAAUAAAUCGGUUGAAAAUUUGUUAAUGUCUAGUCAUGAUGUAAUAAAUAGUAUAAACUCGUCAAAUUUGGGACAUCAGAGUGGCGCUACUAAUGUAGGAAAUGGAAUAUCAACCGAGAUACCUCAAGAAACAAUAAAUAGUGGAAGUGGUAGCCCUAUAUCUAGUCCUAAUUUAUCUCCUCGCCCAAGCCCUAAAGCUAAUUGCAAACGAGAAUAUAUUAGAUUAAAUUCUGACUCAAAUAAAGAGUCCAAUCGUGCAAAUAAAUCUGAUGAUCAAUCGCAGGAAGCGAUAAACAAGUCAUUCGAUUCAAUAGAUUAUAAUAAGAGUUCUGCACACGAAAGUAAAAAGGAAUCCAGGAAUGGAGAUAGAAAUAAAAAGAAAUCCUGGUACCAUGUCUUAUACCCAACGUACAAAUCUCGAUCAGAAGACUUUAAACGAAUAUUUAAAGAUGUUCCGGAUGAUGAGAGAUUAGUUGUAGAUUAUUCCUGUGCCCUACAACGCGAGAUAUUAGUGCAUGGAAGGCUUUAUGUCUCUCAAAACUACGUCUGCUUUUAUGCAAAUAUUUUCAUGUGGGAAACAUUGGUGUCUCUACGUUGGAAAGACGUUACAUCUAUUACCAAAGAAAAAACAGCACUUGUGAUUCCCAAUGCUAUCUUAAUAUCUACAGUUAGCGAUAAAUUUUUCUUAACUUCGUUUGGUGCAAGGGACAAGACGUAUUUGAUGUUAUUCCGUGUUUGGCAAAAUGCUCUGAUUGGUCAGCCUAUGAGUAUGGCCGAAAUGUGGCAACUUGUUCACACUAGUUAUGGGGAUGAAUUGGGAUUAACGUCCGACGAUGAAGAUUAUGUACCACCAUUAGCAGCUACAGACGAAGAGAAAUUUUCAACACGAUUAUCUGUGGAAUCAUUUUCUGAAGCAGAAGGUGCAAGCAUGGAAAAUUCAACUUCCCCUAUUGUAGAACCAAUUAAUGAAAUAGAGGAACAAAUUGUAUCUUUACCUCCACCUCCACCCCCACUUCAGCCUAGAACAGAUCCAGUUCUUGAUCCAACUGAUCUAAGCGAUACGACGGAAAGUGAAGCUGAAAAGCAUACUACAAAACUUAGCAUUCGUGGAGCUAUGAAAUGUACUUCUCCGCACGAAGGUCGUGAACUGUAUAAAACUAUUUUCCCUAUACAUAUUGAUCAGUUGUUCACCUUGUUAUUCACAAAUUCCAAAUUUUUUUUGGAUUUUCACACUGCUCGCAAAACUACUGAUUUGGUGCAGUCUGCGUGGACGCAGAAUGAUCAAACUGGUCAAAAAAUGAGGACUAUUUCUAUGACAGUAUCGUUAACUCAAGCAAUUGGUCCAAGGACUUCCUUAGUUACGGAAACGCAGAUUAUGUUGCCGUGUAGCAGACCGGGCCAUCUUUACUGCAUUGAUGUAGAAUGCACAAAUGCAGGCAUUCCAUAUGCAGAUUCCUUUAGCGUGUUAUCUCAUUAUUGUAUGAACAGCGUAUCGGACAAUGAAACAAGUCUAGCAGUAUAUUCACAAAUUAAAUAUAAAAAGAAUGUUUGGUCUUUUGUGAAAAGUAUGAUAGAAAAAAGUUGUUGGGCUGGACUUGAUGAUUAUUUUAGUAAUAUAAUAAAAGCUUUGAAUCUAGAAUGCGAAGAAGGUACAGCGAGUGCAGGAUUAAAGAGAAAAACACGUAGAAGGAGACGAGCAACGUGCGUAGGAAGUGCUUUACAAAAUCAUUCACCAGAUAAUAUAUCUCCCAACCAUCAAUCUUUACCUACAGAUUUGCCACAUAUACACAAUAAUAAUGGUGCCAGUACUAGAAGCGAUGCAGGCAUGAUAGUUAGUUCAAUGCUUCUGGUAGCUGUAUUAUGUCUAAUGAUAAUUAAUGGAUUGUUGUAUUACAAAUUAUGGGGCCUGGAAGAAGCUGCAGCUUACACAAUAAUGGACUUACAUGUUCUUAAGAAUACCCCAAAGACUGAAGAAGAAUGGAUAAAUUUAUUACAGCAACAAGAAAGUUUGCAUAAUGUAGAAGUACGAAAAUGGCAACGAGUUUUACAUACCGCUGCGCAAUUACUUAGACAAACUGAAGAAUCUCUAACGGAAUUACAAAUGAGCAUUCAUCCUACCGCAACUGAAAAGAUGUUUUCAGUGCUAAAACCGCCUCUGAAAAAUACUAAUACUCGCACAGGACAACAGAGUAAAUCUGAAUUAUAAAUCAAUUUAUUGGAAUAAUGUUACGCUCCUUCGUUAGCUCAAGAUUUGUUUUCUCGUUAAUGUUGUUUCCAUCAA